AGGAUCAGCAUUCAGUCGGCUAGCGUCUACCCUCCGGCGCACACACCAUGGCACCCAAGCUCUACGUCAUGUACGCCAGCCCCCCGUGCAGGACCGUCCUCAUGGUGGCCAAGGCCAUCGGGCUCGAGCUCGACGUCGAGGAGGUCGAGAAGGAGGCGCUGCGCACCCCCGAGAUGCUGGAGCUCAACCCCCAGCACACCGUGCCCAUCCUGGUCGAUGACGAUUUCGUGAUCUGGGACAGCCAUGCGAUCGCAGGGUAUUUGGUAGGGCAGUACGCCGAGGACGACACGUUGUACCCCAAGGACGACGUGCGCAAAAGGGCGGUUAUCGAUCAGAGGCUGCACUUUGAAAAUGGGGUGUUGUACGUGCGAUGUUGCACGGCUUCCUUUCCUCUGUUCACCGGGACUGGAGACAUCUCCGACGACGACCGCGACAAGCUGAUCGAAGCCUACGGCUUCCUCGAAGAGUUCCUAAGUGGCCAUCCGUGGCUAGCCGGCGACGACAUGUCCAUCGCCGACUUGAGCAUCCUGGCGACGGUGGCCACCGCGGAUCUUUUCAUCCCGGUGGAAGCCGACCGCUUCCCGCAGCUCUCCGACUGGCUGAAGACCGGCAAAGAACUCCCCUACUUCGAGGAGUGCAACGCCGUAGGCCUGGCCAAGUUCAAGGACAUGCUCCCCACCCCGGAAGCGUAGUCCCCUCAGGUGCUUUAGUCGCAAUAAAUCAUCCCACAGAC